AUGUCCCCUUCUCAUUCGACAAGCCCCCGAGCGCGCCUUCGUGACGUCGUACCGUCUGUCUUCUUGGGCUCAUGGUCGCCGGGACCAAAGAAUGGCAUUACAGACGUGCCUGGCGUCCGCGUUCAUACACAAUCCAUUCACUCGGAGGACGGCAACGUGAACACGGGAGUAACCACCAUCAUUCCGCGUGAUGAAUGGUUUUCGAAGGCUUGUCACGCAGGAGUGUUUCGUUUCAAUGGCUCUGGCGAGAUGACGGGCACCCAUUGGAUCGAGGAAACCGGCCUCCUACAUUCACCAAUAAUUCUCACCAACAGUUUUGCCGUGGGCCCGGCGUAUACUGGAAUAUACAAGUAUGCAUUGAAAAAUCAUACUGGCGAGGAUGGCGAGGUGGGCUGGUUUCUCCUUCCCGUCGUCGGCGAGACCUUUGACGGCUACCUCAACGACUUGAGUGUCUUUGCUGUCACGCCUGAGCACAUUGUCGAGGGCUUGGAAAACGCAAGCAGCGAUCCUGUGAAAGAGGGCAACACUGGCGGCGGAACCGGGAUGGUUUGCCAAGGCUUCAAGGGCGGUACCGGUACCAGCAGUCGCGUCGUUCCCGCCGCCGUGGAGGGCAAAAGUUACACCAUCGCGGCCCUGGUACAGGCCAACUACGGCCGGCAGCAGCAUCUUCGUGUCUCGGGCGUCCCUGUGGGACGCAUCAUUGCGGAUGAGACGGCAAAAAAGGCAGCCGAAACCGAAACAGAAGUGCCCAGAAACGAAGCCGACGAGUCCAAGGAAACAAAAGAUGGCUCUAUCAUCGUCAUCAUUGCGACAGAUGCACCACUGCACCCGACCCAGCUCCAGCGUAUCGCAAAGCGCGCCACUGUAGGGCUUGCGCGAGUGGGAGGCUAUGCGCAUAACCCGUCUGGCGACAUCUUUAUGGCCUUCUCAACGGCCAACGAAAUUCCUGUGCAGACUGUCAAUUCCAACGUGCGCAAGGUUGACCCUUUCAAGCUGGGUUUGCACAAUAUCGACACGGCCGAUAACCAAACCAUCAAUGCUCUUUUUGAGGCGACAGCGGAUGCAACGGAGGAGGCCAUUUAUAACGCGCUUUGCAGCGCGGAGACUUUAACUGGCAAUAGAGGCCAUCGCAUCGAGGCGCUGCCGUUGGAUCAAUUAAAGGAGAUCAUGGACAAGUACCACUAUUCAGGAUAG